AUGCGAGGUUGGCAGCCGUUGAAACAUAUCGGUCUUGCUAUUACCUUCGCCAAUGACGAUUGGGAGGUGGGACGCAUUAAAACUGACUAUUCUAGAAGAGUUACUAUCCACGAACGCCGUAUCAGCCUUAAAUCUUCUGCUGAGACUGGGUGUAUUAUCUGCCGUCAAGUAUGGAAGCAGCUACUCGCUGACGACAGACUAUCGAAAAAUGGCAAUAAUUCCCCAAGAUUUCAGCAAGACACAAACUUACCGCUCGGCAUGUGGGUUAAAUCGACAUCAUCGGACGUUUCUACUACCAAACAUCUGGUUGUGGGAAUAUCUUCCAAAAAGCAUCUGGAUACCGUUAGUUUCACGGUUAUACCACGUACUGGAAACUCGGAUCCUGCCCCUAAAAUUGUUCCCAACGCGCAUUUAUCAUCAACAUCCGAGGCGAUCGAACUGUGGCACCAGUGGUUCUAUACCUGUUCAGUAUCUCAUUCUAAAUGCCGAACCCUGAGCGAUCGCCCAAUGUCUGUAUUUAAGUCAAAACGACUGGUGGAAAUCAUCAAUGACGCCGACGGAAACCAUCAACAAUGGCGACUUGUGUUGGGCGCCUAUGUACAAGACCUUGACUACCUUACUCUGAGCCAUUGCUGGGGAUGGACUAAACAUCUCAGUCUCACGAAACACAACUACCAUGUGUUGAAGGCGACUUCACUCAUCUCUACUUUACCGACUACCUACCGUGACGCGCUCGUUGUUACGGCAGCCUUGGGGAAACAAUAUAUAUGGAUUGAUUCCCUUUGCAUCUUGCAAGAUGACGAGGAGGAUUGGAAAUCUCAGUCUUCAGUGAUGGGUCUAAUCUACAAAUAUUCUGCAUGCAACGUAGCCGCGGCCUGGGCAGAAAACUCUUCCAAUGGUUGCUUCUCACCCAAAGAAGCACCGACUAUAAUUACUCUGGCAUCAACCGAGUUCUUUGUGGAAGAAUCACUUUAUUCAGCGCCUUUUCACCAGAAAGAUAUUUGGGAUGCACCGUUGAAUAAGAGAGCCUGGAUGAUCCAAGAGCCUCCUACGUGGUCGUGGAUAAACCUCGAUGGGCCCGUGGAAUAUGAUCGUGCCUACGUGCGUGAGUCUGCCGAUACAAAACUAGUCGAGGUUCUUGAAGCUUCGAUCGAGUCUAAUGAUCCGAACAGACUGCACAGCUUCGUGUCUUCGAAACUACGUCUGCGAGGGAUUGCCUUAUGGGGUUUCCUCCAAGACGCAAACCCAAACCAGCUUGGUCUUGGAGGGUACCUUGUUCGGCCUUCUGCUAUAUUCAAAAUGAACGAAUCUCCCGAAAGCCCGGGAAAAUACUCUAUUACGAACCCCACUAUUACCCUUCAAUGGGAUGAGUACCAACUGUCACUUCCUAAGGACUCGCAGCGCUAUCAGGAACUUCUGCAGCAACGCACUGGACAACUACUGAUCCUACCAGUAGGUGUGAAUCAAGUUUGUGUUAGGCUGGGUGUAGUUGAUAUAUGGGGAUAUGACUUUGCCGGAUACUUUUGGGAGAGAUUGGGGCUGCCCAAGUGGUUUGCGGGCGUUGACCGAAUUGAUCUUAACGAUCCCCUUCUGAAUGGUCUAGUACAAGAGGUGACUAUUCAAUAA